UGUGUGUGUGUGUGUGUGUGUGUGUGUGUGUGUGUGAUCAGCUGUCAGCCUGCAGACUGUCUCUUUCAUCAGGACUACAUAUCGAUCACUGAUCAGGGGACCACCUGCUGGGACUCUGCUCAGACUCAGUUAGCAUUGCUAAGAUGGCGACCCCCAUCGUUCGGGUCCAGGACCCCUCUUCAGAGACUGCAUCUGAAACCUUUCCAAAGAGAGAGUCCAGAGAGAGUCCAGGACCCCACAGUCCUGCAGCCGGAGCAGAGACCUGCAGGACGAUGGAGGACCAGAACCCGGAGCACAGAGGACAAACAGAAGGCUCGUGCUCUGACAGUCCUGGAGUCCAGGACCGGAGAGGAGCAAAGGGACUCCAGAGUCCCAGCCCGUCUCACUGUGACAGAUCCUCCCGGAGCUCCGCCUCCCCGAGCUGCACCCCCCUGAAGACUCCUCCCAGAGCCGAGAAGAAACCUUUCGUUUGUGACGACUGCGGGAAAACGUUGAGUUCGUUACAGAACCUCAAAGUGCAUCGGCGGAUCCACACGGGCGAGCGUCCGUACAGCUGCGAGCGGUGUCACGCCGCGUUCACUCAGUUAGGAAACCUGCAGGAACACCAGCGCAUCCACACCGGAGAGAAACCCUACAGCUGCCCUCAAUGUGCCAAAACCUUCGUCAGCUCCAGUAAGCUCAAAACCCACCAACGGAUCCACACGGGGGAGCGCCCGUACAGCUGCGAGCAGUGCAGCGCCACCUUCACGCAGCUCGCACACCUGCAGGGACACCAGCGCACACACACCGGGGAGAAACCCUACAGCUGCCAGCAGUGUGGGAAAACCUUCAACACGUCCAGCAACCUGAAGGCUCAUCAGAGAGUCCACUCCGGAGAGAAACCCUUCAGCUGUGACCGCUGUGACGCCAAGUUCACUCAGCUCAUCAACCUGAAGGGACACCAGCAAGUCCACGUCCAGGAGAAACCCUACAGCUGCCAGGACUGCGGGAAGUCCUUCAGCUCAGCCAAAAGCCUCACCAUCCACCACCGCAGCCACACCGGGGAGAGACCGUACGGCUGCCUCAUGUGUGACAAGAAGUUCACCUCCUCACGGGUACUCCGAGACCACCAGAGGAUCCACUCAGGAGAGAAACCACACAGCUGCGAUCAGUGUGGGAAGUCCUUCAUCAAGUCUUAUGACCUGAAGGUCCAUCAGAGAGUCCACGUCAGAGAGAAAGUCCUGGUCUGUGAUUACUGCGGGAAGACCUUUAAGACGGUGAGCGCUCUGUACGCUCACCAGCGGAUCCACAGCGCCGAGGAUCUGUUCAGCUGCGAGCGAUGCUACGCUAAGUUCACUCAGCUAGCUAGCUUAGAGGCUCACGUGUGCGUUCCCUCCGGAGACAAGCUGUUCAUCUGUGACCAGUGCGGGAAGAGUUUCAGCAGGUCCUCCAUCCUGAAGAUCCACCAGAGGAUCCACACAGGAGAGAAACCGUACAGCUGCGACUUCUGCGGGAAGUCUUUCCGGUUAUCGAGUCGCCUCAGAGACCACGAGCGGAUCCACACCGGAGAGAGACCGUACCGCUGCGAGCAGUGCGGGAAGACCUUCACCGACCGCAGGACUCUGCUGAUCCAUCAACGCACCCACACCGGGGAGAAACCGUACCGAUGCAUCCAGUGCCGCAAAGCCUUCACCAAGAAAUACAGCCUGAAGCUCCACCAGCGGAUCCACACCGGGGAGAAACCCUACAGCUGCCCCGUGUGUGAGAAGGCCUUCGUCAGACUCGGGGAGCUCCAGGUCCACAGACGAGUCCACACCGGAGAGAAACCCUACAGCUGUGACAAAUGCAGCGCCACCUUCUCCCAGCUCAGCGGUCUGAAGGCUCACCAACGGAUCCACAACAGAGACGGGUCUGCUGCCACUGACGGCGUCCACUGACCCGCUCACACCGGGUCAGAGGUCCUGUCCUUUGAGUCGGACCUCCUCGUUACUCAGUCCCUCCCUGCAGACGUUUGGUCUCCUCAGAGUCCUGCUCCCUGCAGCUGUGACGUCUUCUCGUGGUCUCCUCAGAGUCUUGGUCCCUGCAGACGUCUGCUCGUGGUCUCCUCAGGGUCCUGCUCCCUGCAGACGUCUGCUCGUGGUCUCCUCAGAGUCCUGCUCCCUGCAGACGUCUGCUCGUGGUCUCCUCAGAGUCCUGCUCCCUGCAGAUGUGACGUCUGCUUGUGGUCUCCUCAGAGUCCUGCUCCCUGCAGACGUCUGCUCGUGGUCUCCUCAGAGUCCUGCUCCCUGCAGAUGUCACGUCUGCUCGUGGUCUCCUCAGGGUCCUGCUCCCUGCAGACGUCUGCUCGUGGUCUCCUCAGAGUCCUGCUCCCUGCAGACGUCUGCUCGUGGUCUCCUCAGAGUCCUGCUCCCUGCAGACGUCUGCUCGAUGUCUCUUCAGAGUCCUGCUCCCUGCAGACAUCUGCUCUUGGUCUCCUCAGAGUCCUGCUCCCUGCAGACGUCUGCUUGUGGUCUCCUCAGAGUCCUGCACCCUGCAGACGUCUGCUUGUGGUCUCCUCAGAGUCCUGCUCCCUGGAGGGAAGUACCUGUCUCUUCUUCUGUUCAGUGAAAACCUUCUAAUGUUCUCCAAAGACUGCACCAAGACCAGCAGCAGGUCUGCAUGAGGAGGGGGGACGCUUCAGGACUACAGGACUCAACAAAGAACCGGACCAGCUGCGCCAGAUUUAAUGUGACCGAUAAGUCUGCCAAUAAAACAUCAAUACUUAAAAAAUA